AUGACCCGCUGUAGUGACAAAGAAAAUGAUGAGCAGAGUGAUGAUGGAGCAGAAAAACCCAGCAAGAACCAGAAGAAGAGAAGUAAAGGAGGAAAGCAUGUGUCUUUCCCCCCUGAUGAACAGAUAGUGUCCGGCUUUGCCGAGCACAGCAACACUGACAGAAAGGCUGACAGCUGCCUCACCUUGACAGAGGUAACGGUGGCCUACCAGCAGAGCUGCAGCAAACACCAGGUCCAACCCAGAGCACACAUCCUGCACCAGCUUCAGGUACUGUACGCUGAUUUACAUAUCAAUGCUAGUCCUUGUGAGCGAUUAGACCACCGCUCCUGUGAAGCUCUGGAAGUCGUCCUGAAAUCGCUGCACUUUGAUUUCAUCAAUCUGCAGGCAGCCCAACUGGAAGAAAAUGGAGCCUCGUCCUUGCUGGAUAUGAUUUUGUACUAUGAAUCUACCAGCCAUCUUGACAUUUCUGACAACAGCAGUAUGGGAACAUCGGGUUGGAGGGCCCUCGCUCAUUUGAUAAAGCAGAGUGUGCGUCUAUCCAGACUGGAUGUGUGUAAUGUGCCCGUGGUUGACUAUCCGGCCCAGUCUCUAUCUAAAGCCCUGCUGACCAGCCGGCUCACAGUGCUGCACCUUCACAAUGCCCAGCUCAGCGGCAUGCCACUAUACACACUGGUUGGUGCGCUGAAGUCAAACAGGGCUCUGCAAGAGCUCCACCUUACCAGCAACCUGCUGAACAGCUACCAGGACGCCCUGCAGAUAGGUGACCUGCUACGCUACAACACCACUUUACAGAUGCUGGAGCUUAGCAACAAUGCUGUAGCAGAUGCUGGUUUGGAGGAGCUGUGUGAUGGUCUGAGGUGGCAGACGGCAGGUCUGAAGAUCUUACUGCUGAGGAACAACCAGAUCACAGCAAAAGGCAUGGUCCAUCUGGCCAAGGCUCUGCCAGUGCUGAAGGUCUUGCAGGUCCUGGAUCUGGGAGAGAACCUCCUGGGGAAUGAGGGGAUCCAGGUAAUCAGGGAGCCUCUGAUGCUGAACAGCACAGUGCUGCAGCUGGGCCUGGCCCAAGCCAACAUCACUUGUGAAGGUGCUGUUGCAUUGGCUGAGUUCCUUGCUGAGAGUCGUCAGAUUCAGCAACUGGACAUCCGCCAGAAUGAGGUGAAGCUUGGAGGCCUGAUGGCCUUGUGUCUGGCCCUGAGGAUGAACCAGUCUCUUGCUCGCCUGGAUUUGGACUACAUACCCCCACAGGAGCAGGAUGAGUUUCUGAUGGAGACCCAGACGAGGCUUCUCUCAGAGAUCAACCAGCGGUGCCUCGCCAAUGCCAGCGUCUCCGGCCUCGCCACGGAAACCUCUGAGACGUUACCCGCCGAGGCCGACGGACCAGCUGACAGCAUGACUACAGCCUGAGCUCACAAACACACACACACACAUAUCACACAGAGGAGGAAAAAUGGCUAACCUUGUACAGAUCACCUGAGAAGCUGCUCAUGGAUACAUUCACAUCGCCACCGUGUCCCCAACCCAAACAGCUGACUAGCAGA